UUCCUUUUUUUUUCCUCCUCUCGAGGAGGUUGCAACAUCACAUCCAAAAGCUGCGCGUCCACAACCGCAGUCGCCUUUUUACGCACCAGCAGGCUCGGAGGAGAGAACGAGAGAACGCGUCCUCUCUUGCCCCCUACAUUUUUUUUUUUUUUUUUUUUUUUUUUUAAGUCCUUGCUUGUGCUUUUUCACCUAUUUGGACUACUUAACACUGCUAUUGGAGCUAUAUUCGCCACACGCAAGCGUUUGGGAAUAAUAGACGUGUUGCGCAACGACGAGAUGACAUUUUUACCCUGAGAGCACCUUGUGCUAAAUGCUGCUUUAGAGCGACGACGUGCCAGGCACCAGCCUACACAUGGAGUCCAGGGUUCCUCACCACAUCCCCGGACUGUCCUCCUCCAUCAUAGCCCAGCCUUUGCUGGACAGCAGAGUGCCCUACGGCCACCUGCAGCACCCCCCCACUAUAUACCCCAUCGAUCAAAUCAAGUCCUCGCACGUGGAGAACGACUACAUCGACAGCCCCGCCGUAGUCUCCCAGCAGCCGCCGAGCCAGAAGGCGGCGAGCAGGCGGCUCAACUGGGCGGGUCCCAACCAAGACGGUUUCGUGGGGGCCAACCACAACAACCAUCACAAUCACCAACACCAUCACCAGAGCCGGUGCGAGCCUCACCAUGACACCACCACUCACCCCUGGAUCUCCUUCAGCGGGAGGCCUAGCUCAAUAAGCAGCAGUAGCAGCACGUCGUCAGACCAGAGGCUGCUGGAUCACGCUGCGCCUACCCCCACCGUGGACCACCACCCUAACCUGCACCCCCACCAGGGUCUCGUCAACACAAUCACCACCCGAACUCCGGGCUGCUUGGCUUCCUCGGAACCCAAAGUCCUCACCGCCUCUUCUUCCGCUUCCUCCUGCAACUCCUCCUCUAAAUCGCUGGACCUCAAGGGUGGGAAACUGCCCACGGGGGGCCAGCAGCGGUCGGCACCGAUCCUGUCCUCCGUGGCCGAGAAGAAGCACCUACUCCUCUGCGAACACUGUGGCAAGUGCCGAUGCACCGAGUGCACCCUUCCCCGGACCCUGCCCGCCUGCUGGGUCUGCAACCAGGAAUGCCUGUGCUCCGCUCAGAGCCUGGUGGACGCGGCCACCUGCAUGUGCCUGGUCAAGGGGAUCUUCUACCACUGCACCGAGGAUGAGGACGACGAGGGCUCCUGCGCCGACAAGCCGUGCUCAUGCUCACAGGCCAACUGCUGCGCGCGCUGGUCCUUCAUGGCCGCCCUCUCCAUCCUUCUGCCUUGUCUGGUGUGUUACUUGCCGGCCACAGGCCUGGCCAAACUGGGACAGAAGUGCUACGACAAUGUCAGCAGGCCCGGCUGCCGCUGCAAGAACUUGCAGGGCGGUGUCCCAGCAUGUAAAAAUGGAGCUGUAGAAGCGAAAGCGGGAACACUUGAGAAGCAGCAGCAGGGGUCAUGAUACCGGGACAGUCUGUCUAGCAUUGGCCUUGCUUAAAAACAAACUGGACAGCACCACAGUACUUGUUCAAUCGGUAGGGACCCCUUAACCAAUCCCAUUAAUCUGCUGGAAGAUGACUUGUGUAAAACAAAAGGUACUUAAAUAGCUGCUUGACCUGUGUUUUGAAAGGCUGGAAAAUCAGAGUGUUGGCUGGUAGGAAGAGUCGACAAGCUCUUGGGUGAGACGCCACCACCCUAGGACCGCAGUUUGGGUUGGUGUGCGAGGAUGAUCGGAGGCACAUUGUACCCUCAGCUAAUUUUUUUAAACUAACCAUAAGCUGACCGUGCGAUAAUAUAUAUAGAAGUUAGACUAUGGAGAUAAAUAUCUACAGUAUAUACCCCUGCCCUCAAAAGCACAGCCCAGUGUCCAGCUUUGAACACCUACAGUUGAAAUAUGCUAGCUUGGUAAUACUAGUAUUUCAUUUAUCAUCACAUAUUUUCAUUUAAAAAUUCCCCUUAAUGUCUCAACAAGCAAGAUAGUCCAACAUUUUCAGAAAGUGAGGCUGAGACCAUCUAACUUGAGCCUAAUAGCUGAUCCUGAAUCAGUUUAGAGGUGGCCAAUGGUUACCCGCCAAUAUGUCGUAGACCCAAACCUUCUCAGGGACUGUCCUCAAAAGAUCCAUAACAUGUGCUGCAUUCGAGACUUCCUGGUAAAUUGGAAAUAUGCUAUUAGGAGCGUAGACCUCAAAACGCUUCAAGAAAAGAACAAAAAAAAACUACGAUAAAGUAAUACCAACCGAAUUAAGCGCAGAAGUUAUGACAGAUUGUUUGAUACCAAAUUGUUACACACAGUAUCUGUGAAGUUGAUUUCAAGCUUGGAACCCUUGACUUUUAGAGGCGUUCUGAUGCACUUUUACAAGUCGUGGGUCCGAAAUCUCCCACUUCACAGUUUUUUCAAAUGCAGCAUAUGGGUUCCUAAACUAAGAUCUAUUUCCUGUUCGCACAAAAAAGGUGCAAAAGAAAGAAUUGGAGGGCAAAAAGGCGAUAGCUAAUAAUCGUGAAGCUAAGAAAAACAAUAUCCAGAAAUGUGUUUUCCAUGGGAAGGGGGUGGGGUUGAAGGCAUAGUGAUUGGUCAAAAUCAAACCUGCCACUUGCACAACCUUUUUUUUUUUUCUUAGGUCAAAGCUAACCCCUUAAAGAACACACUAAAGCACACUAUGAACCACCUCAGCUGUUCCGAGGUAUGUGCGCUACUUUUAGCGCGGCCCGAGCAUCUUCAUUGUCGUUAGUACUGCAUUGUACUCUUUUAAAGUCUAUUUUUGUGGCUUGCAUGAGGAUUUUUUUUUUCUUUUUGCCAAAGGAAGCGGACAUACGGUAGCAUGUCAUCGCUGUCCGAGGUGAUCACCGCAGUGGUUAUGCACCAACGGGGAUGGGAGGAUGAUGACACCCGUUUCCCCCCAAAAAAAUUUGUUGGGGGGGGUUUGGAGGAGCGUGCUGCCCUAUACAACUGAAGACAUUUUGUGUUUUUUAGUAGAAAGGGAUACUUGGUCUUUGUACCUUUACUUUCACGGUAGACCGCUAAACUCACAAUUGUCUUGUUGCACAAAGCUGAUUACACACUGUCCAUCGAAUGUAUGUGGCAAUAUUAAAAAAAAAAAAAAAAAAAAAUGAAAAAAAAAGAAUUCUGCUUAGAAAAA